UUUCUUGAGCUUCUGGGGCAUGCGCAGAAGGAAAAAAUAAAAAAUAAGAGAUUCAAGACAUUUACAAGAAGAUGAAAAGGAAGAACCUGCAGCUGGGGUCACACUAGAGCAUCCUGUGAACCUGUCAGGGUCUGGAGGCUCUCCAGGCAUGGCCAGACACUCUGUCUUGUACUUCAUCCUGCUGAGUGCUCUGAUUGACAAGAGCCAAGCCUGUGUCUGUGACCAUUACCCAUGGACUCAAUGGUCCAGCUGCUCAAAAACCUGCAAUUCUGGAACCCAGACCAGACAGAGACAAAUCGUUGUAAAUCAGUACUAUCUGGAAAACUUUUGUGACCGGCUUUGCACCAAGCAGGAGACCAGAGAAUGCAACUGGCAAACUUGUCCUAUCAAUUGCCUCCUGGGAGAUUAUGGACCGUGGUCAGACUGUGACCCUUGUGUUGAAAAACAGUUUAAGGUCAGGUCCAUCUUGCGCCCCAGUCAGUUUGGAGGACAACCGUGUACUGAGCCCCUCACAACCUUUCAACCAUGCAUCCCAACUAAGCUUUGCAAAAUUGAAGAGGUUGACUGCAAGAAUAAAUUCCGCUGUGACAGUGGUCGCUGCAUUGCCAGCAAGUUGGAAUGCAAUGGAGAAAAUGAUUGUGGAGACAAUUCAGAUGAAAGGAAUUGUGGGAGAAAGAAAUCAGUGUGCUCACGGAACUAUAAUCCCAUCCCUAGUGUGCAGCUGAUGGGCACUGGGUUUCAUUUUCUGGCAGGAGAGCCCAGAGGAGAAGUCCUUGAUAACUCUUUCACUGGAGGAAUAUGUAAAACUGUCAAAAGCAGCAGAGCAAGUAAUCCAUACCGUUUUCCUGCCAAUCUAGAAAAUGUCAACUUCGAGGUACAAACUGCAGAGGAUGAUUUGGAAACAGAUUUCUACGAGGAUUUAAUUUCUCUUGAAGAUAAUAAAGAUCAACAAGGCUCAGUUUUCGGCAACCAGGAAGGCUCUUUUUAUGUGCCAAUUUUUUAUUCCUCAAAGAGAAGCCAAAGCAGCACGCAUAGUUCUGCCUUCAAACAAGCCAUUCAAGCGUCCUACAAAAAGGAUUCCAGUUUUAUCAGGAUCCAUAAAGUGAUAAAAGUCUUAAACUUCACAAUGAAAACUAAAGACCUGCAGCUUUCUGAUGUCUUCUUGAAAGCACUUAACCAUCUGCCUCUAGAAUACAACUCUGCUUUAUACAGCCGGAUAUUUGAUGACUUCGGGACUCACUAUUUCACCUCUGGCUCCCUGGGAGGCGUGUAUGAUCUGCUCUAUCAGUUUAGCAAGCAGGAACUGAAGAACUCAGGUUUAACGAAGGCAGAAGCCCAAGAUUGUAUCCGGGUUGAAACAAGGAAACGCUUCCUUUUUUUUAAGAAAACGAAAGUGGAGCACAGGUGCACAACUAACAGGCUGUCAGAGAAGUAUGGAGGUUCGUUUAUGCAGGGAUCAGAGAAAUCCAUAUCCCUGGUUCAGGGCGGGAGGAGUGAGUAUGCAGCGGCUUUGGCAUGGGAGAAAGGGAGUUCUGGUCCGGAAGAGAAGACGUUUUCUGAGUGGUUAGAAUCAGUGAAGGAAAACCCUACUGUGAUUGACUUUAAGCUUGCCCCCAUCACGGACCUGGUAAGAAACAUCCCCUGUGCGGUGACAAGACGGAACAACCUCAGGAGAGCUUUCAGGGAAUAUGCAGCCAAGUUUGACCCUUGCCAAUGUGCUCGAUGCCCUAAUAAUGGCCGCCCCACGCUCUCGGGGACCGAAUGUCUGUGUGUGUGCCAGAGCGGCACCUACGGCGAGAACUGUGAGAGGCGAUCCCCGGAUUACAAAUCUAAUGCUGUGGAUGGAAACUGGGGCUGCUGGUCUUCCUGGAGCAUGUGUGAUGCUACUUACAAGAGAGCGAGAACCCGAAAAUGCAACAACCCUGCCCCCCAGCAAGGAGGGAAACGCUGUGAGGGGGAGGGGCGGCAAGAGGAGCACUGCACAUUUUCCAUAAUGCAGAAUGAUGGACAGCCGUGCAUCAGUGACGAUGAGGAAGUGAAAGAAAUAGACCUCCCUGAAUUAGAAUCAGAUUCAGGGUGUCCUCAACCAGUCCUUCCAGAAAAUUCAUUUAUCCGGAGUGAAAAGAAACUGUACUCAGUUGGGGAAGAAGUUGAAAUUUUAUGUCUUACUGGAUUCAAAACUGUUGGGUACCAGUACUACAGAUGCUUACCAGACGGAACCUGGAGGCAAGGAGAUGUGGAAUGCCAACGGACAGAGUGCCUCAAGCCAGUGGUGCAGGAAGUACUGACACUGUCACCAUUUCAGUCAUCAUAUAAAAUUGGUGAACGCAUUGAGCUAACCUGUCCCAGAGGCUUUGUCGUUGCUGGGCCAUCCAGGUACACGUGCAGUGGGGAUUCCUGGACACCACCCAUUUCAAGCUCACUCACCUGUGAAAAAGAUGCCUUGACACGCUUACAGGGCCAUUGUCAACCAGGACAGAAGCAGUCAGGAUCUGAAUGCGUUUGCAUGUCUCCAGAAGAAGACUGUAGCCAUCAUUCAGAAGAUAUCUGUGCACUUGAUACAAGCUCCAGUCAUCACUUUACUUCAUCCGCUUGUAAGUUUUUGGCCGAGAAAUGUUUAAAUGAUCGGCAACUCCGUUUUCUACAUAUUGGUUCAUGCCAAGAUGGUCCACAGCUAGAAUGGGGUCUUGAAAGGACGAAACUUUCAUCCAGUAGCACAAAGAAGGAAUCCUGCGGCUACGACACCUGCUACGACUGGGAAAAAUGCUCAGCUGCCACUUCCAAGUGUAUCUGCCUAUUGCCCUCCCAGUGCUUCAAGGGCGGAAACCAGCUGUUCUGUGUCAAAAUGGGAUCAUCAACGAGCGAGAGAACAAUGAACAUCUGUGAAGUAGGAUCUAUAAGAUGUGCCAACAGGAAAAUGGAAAUACUGCAUCCUGGGAGGUGUCAGACAUAACACAACUACUGAUAAGCAGAUCUACCGCCCCCAAAUAACCCCUACAAACACACACUUGAACCAAGAACAGAAUGGCACAUCCAGGAGUCACCAACAUAAAUCCUUUUGUAUUAGUUUCACAUAAUUAUUCUCCCUGCCUCUCAGGUCUUCUCCCCUGUCCAGUUCCCAUCCGUGAUCCUCUGUAGCAUACCCCUAGGUAAUAAUUUCCACAUCAAUCUAGUAAAUUCUUCUGUUCAUGUUGCACUAAAAUGAUGGGACUUCUGAUGACCUUACGAAGCCUGUGGUAUUAAGCAUCCUGACAAGCAGAAAUCAGAACAAAAACCAUAAUCUCCUUCAAUGAA